AACAACACACACACACUCUCUUCUUCAAACGUAGAAAAAGAUGAAAUGUCUGGAACUUUCUUUUCACAUAUCUUCUCUCACCCGCCACCCUCCUUAAAACCCCCUUAGAUAUUUUUUCUCUCUCUACCCAACUUUUCUCUCUCUCCUUAUUUAUUCCAUUCAUUCUCUCUUUCUUUCUCUCUCUGAUAUUUUUUUGGGUUUUCCAUAUGGUCUGAUCAAAUUCGAAGUUUGUUUUUUGGAGAGCCUUGUUUGAUUACGUGUAAUUAAUUUUGAUCGUUUGAUCAUGGAUCGGGAUGGCGUAUCCAACGGUGGAUCUUGCUACUAUACCGUUCUUGGAAUUAGUAAAGAUGCUUCCCAUUCUGAUAUCCGUACGGCUUACCGGAAACUUGCUUUGAAGUGGCAUCCGGAUAGAUGGACUCAGAAACCGAGCGUUGCCGGAGAAGCUAAACGACGGUUUCAACAAAUCCAAGAAGCUUAUUCUGUUCUCUCCGACCAAGCCAAGAGAUCAAUGUACGACGCUGGGCUUUACGAUCCUUUCAAGGACGAAGAUGAAGACUUUUGUGAUUUCAUGCAAGAGAUGAUCUCAAUGAUGAAUAAUGUGAAAGACGAGGGCGAUAGCUUUGAGGAUCUCCAGAAGAUGUUCGCAGAAAUGGUCGGUGGAGAUGGAAUGGGGUUUGACUACAAUAUUAAUCCAACGGCUACGAAGAGACCACGUGGAAAUUCAGCUUCUAUAAGUAGUGCAACGAAACGGAAGACCAACGCGUGCUAGUAUUGCACGAGCUUAAUUUUACUGAAUUCCCCAUUUCGAGAUUUAACUCCAUGAGGGGAAUUAGCUAUUAGUUAGGGGUAAAAAGGGAAUUUUGUGUUUUAGGAUCUUUUUUUGUUAGUUAAUAAUGAAAAACAGUUUCUUACUUUCUUCUUUUUUAAUAUAAUAAUAGUUUAAUUUGAUUUUAUUAAUAA